CACUGCCACCAGCUAUGGCAGGUGAGAACACUCGUCAUCACUGCCACCAGCUAUGGCAGGUGAGAACACUCGUCAUCACUGCCACCAGCUAUGGCAGGUGAGAACACUCGUCAUCACUGCCACCAGCUAUGGCAGGUGAGAACACUCGUCAUCACUGCCACCAGCUAUGGCAGGUGAGAACACUCGUCAUCACUGCCACCAGCUAUGGCAGGUGAGAACACUCGUCAUCACUGCCACCAGCUAUGGCAGGUGAGAACACUCGUCAUCACUGCCACCAGCUAUGGCAGGUGAGAACACUCUCCGGUGGAGGAGAUCACAACCAUGCUGCAGGGAACGUACAUCAACUACUUUCAUUGUCUGAGAAUCGUUGAUCUGCUCAAGGAGACAGAAGCGGGAAGUAAAAACAUGUUUGGGAGAUCGCAGCGCAUGAAGGAUUGGUGUGAGAUUCUCAAACUACAUGAAAAGGAUGGCGUUUAUUUAGCUGAAGUCGCGCAAAUCUUGAUGAGGAAUGUUAAUUAUGAGGUAACUGCACUGAAGAAACAGAUCGUGAAAUGUAAACAGAUUCAGAAGGAUAUGGGCAAUAAGAUAAAAUCAGAGCUGUUAUCGUUAGUGAAACAUCUUCCUGCCGAGUUUGAUAGAAUAACAACAGCUACCAGUGACCUCAAAGAACCAGUCAACUUGUAUGAAAUGUUCAUCGAGUUCACAUUAAAAAAGUGAAGACAUCAGUCCCAAGGCUUAUGAAGUAUUUCACCAUGUCCAUGUUACCCGUUAAUGAGCAGUUUGCCAAGGGAUUACUGCCAGCCUCUGUUUUACAGUUGACAUCAGCUCCUUGACUGACUAGGUACUCAACAACUUUCUGUUCACUUGACAUUGCCGCACAAUGCAGCACCGUCCGCCCCUCGUCAUUCUUGGCGGUGAUAUCUGCCCCCUGGUGGACAAGAGACUGAACUUGAUCCAAGUUGCCAUCUUUGGCCGCUUUGUGUAAAGGAUACUUUUCAGGUUUCUCACCAGGUGGCAUUUCACCACUACUCUGAGACAAGACCACUAAUGAAUAUUCAUAGGUUGGAAGGUCGAGGCCUAUCAAUUAGACGAGUGCAUGUUUUUAACUCUCAAGCACAUAUUUGGAGAGGUAUUGAAAAAAUAUUUGUUGUGGCAAGUCUACAGAUAUAAAGAAAUUAUUUGAUGAAAAAAUUAAUUUCGAAUUUUGCUAAUUUGGUAAUAGGGGGCGUGUUUUGAGAUUUUUCUGCCAGUUGGCUGAAAAGAGUGGAAAUACCAAAGUCUGUCUAAUUUGUCGAUUAUCAAAAAAUUUCCGUGGUCAACUACCAGUUUACUUUUCACCAUUUACUUGCCCGACUGUCCGGAAUAUCAUAUCAAAAUUUCAGAUUCACAACCCCACGCAGUAUUUGAUG